AACUAUUUACAUGUUGUUUUGUUGGUUAUGCUGAGUGGGCGUGGCUUGGGGGUGGGGGCUCUCCGCUCUGAUUGGUGGGCACGGCGUCUCGCUGUGCAUUGCUGCGGGUGGGUCGUGUUGAUUUCAGAAGUCAUCAUGGCGCUCACUUCCCCAGUCCAAGAGCACCCAUAUAGCCAUCUAAUUGACACACUGAAAGAUGGCACAAUCAAGUUCUUCAAUCCACAGAAAUUAAAUGAUCCACGAUAUGACAAGCUGCCUCUGUCCAUCCGUGUCUUACUGGAGGCAGCGAUUCGUAACUGUGAUGGCUUUUACACUAAAAAAGAAGACGUUGAGAACCUCUUGGACUGGCAGGAGCUGCAGAAUCAAGCUGAGGUUCCGUUCUCUCCAGCUCGAGUCCUGCUCCAGGACUUCACUGGUAUUCCUGCCAUGGUGGACCUGGCAGCCAUGAGGGAUGCUGUUGCCAAACAUGGCGUGGACCCCAGCCUGGUCAACCCAAAAUGCCCCACAGACCUCAUUGUAGACCACUCAUUACAGAUUGAUUAUAGCAAAUGUGCCAUACAGAAUGCUCCAAACCCUGGUGGAGGGAAUGGCCCAAACCAGAGCCAGGGGCCCUCUCGUUCCACACCCUCCAGGCCUCCGUCCAGAGGAGGCUCACAGUGCGGAGGCCAGCGGGGCACAUGUAGUAAAGCUGCCUGCAAUGACCCUCCAUCCUCCCCGGGUCAACCCCCAGCCUCCGUCCAGCAGAUCGAGAACACACCCCUCCUCUGCCCUUUCCACCUGAAACCUGUGUCAGAACCUGACACAGCUCUGAAGAAUCAAGAACUGGAACUGACCAGAAACAAAGAGAGACUUCAGUUCUUUAAGUGGUGUUCUAAAGCAUUCAAGAAUGUGAACGUGGUUCCUCCGGACGUGGGCGCAGUCCACCAGGUGAACCUGGAGUAUCUGUCCAGAGUGGUCCAGGUCAGCAAUGGUUUCAUCUACCCUGACAGUGUGGUGGGAACCGACUCUCACACCACCAUGAUCAACGGCCUGGGAAUCCUGGGCUGGGGUGUUGGGGGAAUUGAGUCAGAAGCUGUGAUGCUGGGCCAACCAGUGUCUCUGACUCUUCCUCAGGUGGUGGGCUGUAAACUGGUGGGCUCCAUCAACCCCCUCACCACCUCCAUAGACAUCGUACUUGGCAUCACAAAGCACUUGCGACAAGCUGGGAUCGCUGGAAAGUUUGUAGAGUUUUUUGGACCUGGCGUCUCCCAGCUGUCGGCCCCUGACCGAACCACCAUCGCUAACAUGUGCCCAGAGUACAACGCUACUGUCAGCUUCUUCCCCGUUGACCAAGUCACACUCAAGCACUUUAAAAAGACAAAUUUUACCCAGGAAAAACUUGAAUUGCUGGAACAUUACAUGAAGGCUGUAAAACUUUUCCGAAGCUUUGAAGACCCCUCAGAAGACCCUGAGUAUUCUGAGGUGAUUGAAAUCAACCUGAGCUCCAUGGUGCCGUAUGUGAGCGGACCCAAAAGACCUCAGGACCGAGUGGCAGUCAGCAGCAUGAAAGAAGACUUUCAGAGUUGUCUUCAAGAGAAGGUGGGCUUUAAAGGCUUUCACAUCUCCAAGGACAAGCAGGAGACCUGCAUUCCUUUCCUGCACUGUGGUCAGGAAUACCAGCUGGCCCACGGCUCAGUGGUCAUCGCUGCUGUCAUCAGCUGCACCAACAACUGCAACCCUUCUGUCAUGUUGACUGCAGGUCUAUUGGCCAAAAAGGCGGUGGAGGCGGGGCUUGUUGUCAAACCUUACAUCAGGACCAGCCUGGCUCCCGGAAGUGGCAUGGUCACUCACUACCUCAGCACCAGUGGAGUCCUGCCUUACUUUAGCCAGCUAGGGUUUGAGGUGAUAGGUUACGGUUGUGCCACCUGUGUAGGAAACACAGCACCGUUACCAGACACUGUCAUGGAUGCAAUCAAACAGGGCAACCUGGUGGCCUGUGGGGUGUUGUCUGGCAACAGGCACUUCGAGGGCCGCCUGUGUGACUGUGUGCGUGCCAACUACCUGGCCUCCCCUCCCCUGGUGGUGGCUUAUGCUAUUGCAGGCACUGUGGGAAUCGACUUUGAGAAAGAGCCUUUAGGGGUCACCUCUGAGGGGAAGGAGGUGUUCCUACAUGAUAUUUGGCCUUCCAGAGAGGAGGUCCAGCAGACUGAGGAAGACACGGUCAUCUCCUCCAUUUUUAAGGAUCUCAGGGGGAGGAUGGAGAAAGGAAACACAUUUUGGAACAACAUCGAAUGUCCGGAAUCUGUACUUUUUCCCUGGGAUCACAAGUCCACAUACAUCCGCUCACCUUGUUUUUUCAACAAGUUGAGUAAAGAUGUUCCUCCCCCUCACUCGAUAGAGGGCGCUCAUGCCUUACUCUUCCUUGGGGACAAAGUGACGACGGACCACAUCUCACCAGCGGGCAGCAUCGCUAGGGUCAGCGCGGCUGCCAAGUACCUGCUGGGCAAACGUCUGACGCCGCGGGAGUUUAACUCUUACGGUGCACGCAGAGGGAACGACGCAGUGAUGACCAGAGGCACGUUCGCCAGCAUUAAGCUCCAAAAUCGAUUCAUCGGCAAAUCAGGCCCCAAGACUUUGCACAUUCCCUCAGGCCAGACACUGGACGUCUUCGAGGCAGCUGAUCGCUAUCAGAGAGAUGGUGUUCCCCUCAUUAUCCUGGCAGGCAAAGACUAUGGCUCUGGAAACUCCAGGGACUGGGUCGCCAAAGGACCAUACCUGCUGGGGGUGCGUGCUGUCAUCGCUGAAAGCUUCGAGAAGUUGCACAAGAACCAGCUGGUGGGAAUGGGCAUCAUGCCACUGGAAUUCCUGCCUGGCCAGAACACCGACUCCCUGGAGCUCAGUGGGAAAGAGAGGUUCACCAUCACCCUGCCGGCGAGCCUGAGUCCGAGGCAGCAGCUUACUGUCAGGACCAGUCAAGGGAAGUCCUUCUCUGUCACGGCACUGUUUGACACCGAGACGGACGUUAUCUUCUUCCAGCACGGAGGGCUUCUUCGAUACGUUGCACGGACUUUACUCUGAAGCAGCCUGCAGCCUGGCCUCAAGCUUACAGAGUGUGCACCAGGCUCAUGAACUGCAGUGCUCAUUAUUAGUUUGUCUUCAACUUUGAUGAAACUGGCUCAUUGGACUAUUGGUCUGUGUGUUUGAACUGGAUAUAUACGUCUCCAAACCAACAGAGUCAUGAGAGGACAGUUUCAGCUGCUUCUCCGUCACUACGCAUGGCUGGUUCUGCUUUUGCAACAGCCUUGUAAGUCCUCACAUGACCAUCAAAACAAACGCAGGAAGAAGUGCUGACAUGCACUCAAUAAAGAGAUUGUACUUCAAUGACCUUUGAACACAUGUUUUUUUCUUUUGUUGGUGGAGAGUGAAACAUCAGAGUACCGAGGGGACAUUUCAUUCACCAUUCAAGCCAAGAAGAAAUGAAUCCUCUCCGCUUCUGUUGUUAUUCAGUUAAAACAAAGCCAAUCCUGCCUGGAAACGCUAAGAUGGUGCUAGGUACUAUGGCAUGAAUACAUUUAAAAAAUGCAGUACAGCCUGUUUUCCUCAAUGUCCAAGUAAAAUUUAAUCAGAAUUGUUCCGAACAAUCCCAGUAAAUAAAUGACAAAAUUCCUUUAAUCAAA